UUACAAAAAAAAAAAUGUUUUGUGUGCUUAAACGGUUAUAAUUUUUAGCUUUUGUACACUAACUCGCUAAAUUGUAUUAUUUGCAAUUUUCACGACACUCACACACACACACACACGAGAUACUCAAACAAGUUGGACAGACAUUUAACGGCUUAUUUAUGCUAACGCCUCGUAUAUAUUUUUAGAUGUUUGUGCUUAGUGUUUUAUCGUCAGCUUCAAAUGCUUCAAUCGCUUAAGACCACGUUCACAGCAGCAGCAAGGACCAACAGAUGUUCGCGCCAUGCCGAAAGACACGAGUUUUGGCUUGGCUUAGUGCUAUAAGCCAUAUAAAUAUUUUUGACAGUUUUUGUUUAAGAAACUAUGCUUGCAAUCUCCCUUCUCUUUGGGUAACCGAUGUAUGAAAAGUUUGCCAACUGUGCAAAUAGUCAACCGUGUUGCCAACUUUUUUAAAAUGGCGACCUUUUUCUGUUUCAAAAUAGCGUUGUAACUUUGUAAACACUUAAAAGUUGUGUUUAACACGAUUUAAAGGCUAUCCUUUGUACUGUAAGCUUCGUGUUUAUAGUUACCGAUUUAUAUUAACAAAGCAUUACAUUGAUCGUAGUUAACAAGAGUAGAGUCUGUUUUACAUUCGAUCAAGAGUUUUCUUUAUGCCGGCGCUGUUGAACAUUUAACUUUAUUGCAUAUUGAAACUUCCAAAUUUAUUCGUAUCAAUAAAACACUGCCACAAAAACAAACACCGUAUACACUUUUACACAGAUGAGUAUCUCGAAAGAACCCCAUAGUAACAAGCAAACCGAACAAAUCCAAGAAACAAAAUUAAAUACAAACAUUAAAACAUGGUAUAACCCCAACACUUUUUAUAAAAAAAAUUUAAAAUUAAAAAAAAAACAUAAAAAAAUUUAAAAAAAAAAAUAUUUAAAAUAUAGAAAAAUACAAAAAAAAAUAAUCCCAAAGAAAGUACCAAACCUAUACAAAAACAACACUGCAGUUCAAACCACCACUCAGAAAACUAUAAAAUCUAUAUUAAUACUCCACACAUGCCGUUAACCAACCUAAUUUAAUUUAAAAUAUUUAUGUAGUAUGUAUAAAGAAGUAAUCUGCAAGGGCACGCAUAUACAUAGUUGCAACACUAGUCUCUACUAUCUCUAUAUAUGUAUGUACGUUGUAGUCUAUAUUAAAUUAUCUUACUUAUGUAUUUGUAAUUAUGUAAAACUGGAUUGUAUUGUGUAAUUAAUUAUAUUUGUACGUAUGUAAAGUAUAUAUCAGUUAAUUGUAGUUUGUAUGUUACAUUGUAAUUUUGUGUGCCACAAAUUGCACACUAACCUUUAAAAUCCUGUACUUUGUGCUUCACACUACGCACACAUACUUAUCUAUGUAUAUAUGUGUGUGUGUAAAUCUGCUUUUGACUUUCUACAUUUUAAUAAGUGUAAAGCAGCAUACUUCUGCGCGCCUGCUGUAAGUGUAGCAUACCUACAGGCGCCAAGAAAAUGCUGCGUUAGCUUUAUUUGUGUGUUUGCAACUAAUAUGUGAAACAGUCGAGAAAGGACUUCAAACUUUUACAGAAAACAGUGACACCUACGACACACACACACACACCGACACCACACAUAUAUAAACGUUAUAAACGCAGGCAGCUUUAUAUGUACAUAUGUAUGUGUUUAGAAUGCUUUGUGUAAUUUUUGUGUGAUUGUAUGUAAAAAAAUGCAGCAACUAUGUCGAAAAGUUGAAAUGCAAACAAUGUAAAAGGUUGAAGCAACGCAACUGAACAGGUAUAUUAUUAAAUGAUGCAACUGAGAUGAAAUUCGAAAAGCAAAAUUAUGCAAACAAAAUAAAUAUUUAUAUAAAGAAGCCCACCUAAAGCCAAUAACUAAGUGAAACACUAAGAUGGCAGUAGCAGGAGAAAACAAUGUCGAUAAUAUGUAUGUAGUAUAUAAACCAAAUUCAAUCACACAAACACAACCUAGCCUCAAAAGUAAAUAAAUAUUUAAGCGAACUAGAGAAUACACCCACAAACACACACACACACACAUAACCAAACGGAGAAGAUGAGGAAAAAUCACAAAAAAAAUAAUAUUAAUUGAAUAUUUCUUAGAAAGCACCACCUUGUACCCCCUAUUAGUAUAUGAGGCAAAUAAUAGCACAUAGUCUACAAAAUAGUUAAUAAUAAUAAACGGAAACAAUUAGAAAUGAACGUUAGACAACACAAAAUACGAACGAACGAUAGGCAAAGAAUAACUAAAGCAGAAUUUCUUGAGAAUAACCGACAGUAGUCAGCUACAAUUAGUAACCUCUAGUAAAAAAUAACGUAAAUACCUUAAAUUAAAGUCACAAACAAAUUUUAGUACAACUACGCACUGCACUUUCAAAAACCAAAUGUAAAAACCAAAGCAAAAACAAGCAAAUUUCGCAAAACGCAAAUCUUUAGCAAAUCGCCAAAGAAACCAAAAGCAAAACGCAAUUUAGCCAAAAGCGCUAAGGCAACAUUAUAAUUAAUAUGUAAUUGCAAAGUAUCUCUCACAUGGUAAACGAGUUAUAAAACAUUAACUAAAAACAAAAGCUAAACUAAAUGCUCUAAAAUACAUUUAUCAACCAAACCAAAAAAAAAAAAAAAACUAUCGUACUUACAUACAUCUUAAAUAAAAACGCAUGCAACAUCAAAGCAGUAGAAGAGGCAGAAAGCAGAGGAGAAUUGAAAAGCUUAACGUAUCACAAAUCAAAUGAUCAAAUGUAGCAAACACAUGCAACAUGCAACAAAUGAGGUUGAUUGGCAUUAGAGAUAAAGGUAAAUAAAGUAACAAAAACAACAACAACAAACGUAAUCGUUAAAUUAGAGAAUUGCAAAAUAAACAGCCGACAGGGCGCGUUACGAACGCUCAGCAACAGCAAAAACGCAACAGCAACAAUAUUAAUAGCAACAGCAAGAUGAGUUGCAACAGCAAGUCCGCUAAUUACAAAAAAGAAACGCUGCACUAAACUAGACAAUGUAAAAAGCAGGAAAAGCGCAAAUUCGGACUUGUAAUACAAAAAUUAUGUGAAUCUAGUGAAAAGCUUGUUUUAGAGAAACUAGAAAAAAUUAUGAAUAAGGAAUUAGGCGAAGAAGUAAUGUAGUGAAAAAUUGGCAACUUUUGCCCAAAUGUACAAAUACCAAAAAUCAAUUGUUUUUUUUUUGUCAAAUUUUAUGCGCGUUUAAACACAACGCAUGUGAACUUGCACGCAUAUGCAGAGCGCGUAAACCAUAUUGCGCUACGGCGUAUGCGCAUGCGUUUAUAUACAAAAAAAAUUUAAAAAAAACCCCUUCCCACCCCUCUCUUACACGUACUACAACCAACUAACUAAUCUUGGCACUUUUGCUGUCCGUUUAUUUUGUUUUGUAAAUACUUUCGGCUUUUGUAGGAAAUCGUGCUACUUCUCAUGCAGCAUUAGCGCUUUGUAAUUGCAAAUUUAGCUAAAAUUAUUUAUUUUAUUAAUGCGUGUAUUGAAAGAGACUGUGAAGCAGUCGGCGCUGGAGUAAAGAGUGAAAAUUUCUAAAACGACAUUGAAAGCAAUGAGAAUGCGUACAUCAUUAGCCACUCGAAAAUUCUCUUCACCACAUUAAAGCGAAAAAAGUAUAUAUUUUUUGCCAUUUCAGAAUUUUAUAUUAGGAUUUCAAACUAUAAUUAAUUCGCUCGUUGCAAUAGUUAGACGAAAGAUGAGUACCGUUAACAUUACGUUCGACCAGUGUUGCCAGAAGUGAUGAUUUAUCUUUAAAUUGCAGGGUUUUUUUAUAAACAAUAUUAUUAAAAUCUUAAAGUGAUGUUAUUAAAACAAAAUCAAAAUUUCAUGCAAAAAAAACUUCACUAUCAAUAUAACUAGCAGUACUUUCAGUGUAGUUGAUAGACAAAGUCUCCACUUUGUAAGUUACUUGAUUCUGCACAUUCAUAAACAGGAUGGCAAGAUGACGAUAAACCCUUGAUUUCUUUGAAUGCAAAAUAUACAUAUGUAUAUUCAAGUGAUAGUCUUAAAUAUGCAAGUGAUAGAUUCUGAUUGGAGCGAAUUACAUCAAAUUGACUUUAAAAAAUAUGGUCAUAGCUCACAAAUGCGUAUUGAGAAGUUUUGCGGUAAUAUUUUAAACAAAAAAAAAAAUGAUGACACUAUUUUUUCGCUCACUUAAAAACAUUGUUUUUAACAUAUUGACGUUGUCGGUUUCAACAGCGAAUGUCGAAAAAGAGUUUUCUCUCAAAUUAAUUUAAUUUAAGGUAAAAUUCGCAACAAGCUGGAAACCAAAAUUUUGAGGGGCAUUAUUUACGGGAAAGAUUCUUUACCAAGAAAAAACGUUACCUUCGGUUGCACCGAAGCUAUACAUAUACAAAAGGCUUCACAUACACAAAAGGUUCCUUAGAAGAAUUUGGUUCCGCUCGUUCAGUUUGGCUAUAUGCUAUAGUCAUCCGAUCUGAACAAUUUCUUCGGAGAUCCUAUUAUUGCCUUCGAUAAUGAUACGUUCCGAAUUUCAUGAAGAUAUCUCGUCAAAUGAAAAAGUUUUCCAUACAAGCACUUCAUUCCGAUUGUUCAGUUUGUAUGGCAGCUAUAUGCUAUAGUCAUCCGAUCUAUACCAUUUCUUCGGAGAUUAGAUUAAUGCCAUAAAUAAUAAUACACGCAAAAUUUUAUGAAGAUACCUCGUCAAAAGAAAGAGUUUUCCAUACAAGCACUUCAUUCCGAUUGUUCAAUUUGUAUGGCAGCCAUAUGCUGUAGUGGUUAGAUAUAGUUAGUUCCAACAAAUAAACAGCUUCUUGGUGAGAAACGGCCAUAUGCUAAAUUUAAGAUCGAUAUCUCAAAAACUGAGAGAUUAGUUCGCGUAUACACAGACGGACAUGGCUAAAUCAACUCAGCUCAUCAUGCUGAUCAUUUAUGUAUGUAUUUUAUAGGGUCUCCGACGUUUCCUUCUUGGUGUUACGAACUUCGUAGCAAACUUAAUAUACGCUGUUCAAAAUAUAGACUCAAGUAAAAACAAAAAUUUAUUAAAACAUUUCAAAAUUUAUUUGUUCCAGCUUUUUGUUAUACAAGUGUUUACUUUAUAAAUAAAUUUGUAAAUUGUUUUUGUAUUAAAACCUUUAAAAAAAUAUAUUUGUUUUGGAAAAAGACUUUCUUUCGCAAAUUUGGCUCAUUUUUGAAGAUUUAAUCUUCACAUGACAGAUUUUUCACAAAGACUUUCUGGCAACACUGCGCUCGACACAUCUCACGUUUACAAUUUUUAGUGAUUUAUAUAAAAAAGCUCCAUUUGAUAAAUUAUCAAUAUUUUCCGUCUCGCUCUCACUCACUCAAUCUUCUAUCUAUGCUUAAAAGCCUAUAUAUGCUUUAAAGCUGUCAUGUUUCUCUCAUUGCAUCUCUGUCUUUUCAUUUUUUAGUUACAUGUCUUUAACUUUCUCUCCUACUCAAUUAAUAUUCUACUAAAAAUGUUCUCCUGGAAACCCAACGCUGUUUCUGUCUUUGUCUCUCUCUCUCUCUUAUACGCAUAAUCUCCUGCACUCUCCCAGUUGUUUUGAUGUUUCUGUCAUUGAAAUGACAACAAUAUUUAGUACCUGCAACGAGUUAUUUAAUGCUUCAGUAAAUUAUUCAAAAUCUGAUUUCUUCAAAAUAAUUUUUUAGAUAAAGAAAUUAUCAAACUAAAUAAAUUUUACAUAGUGUUUUUGUGGUCCCAAUAGCAGCCUUUAAAAAAAUUGUUGCUUGAAAUAUAUGUAUAACUUUUUCAAAAUUUUUAAGCAUCAUUUGAUAUUUGAGCUUUUACAAGGAAAAAAUUCUAAACUUAAUAACUUAAAGAUUGUUUUACCAAAGAAAGCUUAAUUAUAUAUAAUUAGAAGAAAAUAAAACGAAAUUAAAAUUAAAAAAUAAAAUUUUGUUAAUUAUUCAUACGGCAAAUUAAAUUAUAAUGAUUUACUAUUGUCAUAACGGUUAAAAUAGUUAUAAUUGUAAGGCAGGAGCAAGUGUGUGUGUUUGUAGCAACGUAGGCAGCAAGCGAGCAUUGUAUGUGUAUGUGAGUAAAUUGUGCUUGCAGUGUUUAAAGACAAAUAUUUGAAAAAAAACUGUUGCAAACAACAAAAUACAAGAGAGCUUAAAGUAGAAAAAAUAUAACAAAUCUAAAAAACAAAUUCAAGAAAAUGUAGAAGUAUGAUGAAGAGGCUUGUAUUAGCACGUCAGAAGAGCGCUGCUUGAAUUUUCGCAUGCAUGAGUGUUUAAUUUUAGCAUACAAACAUGUAUAUACAGAUGUUGUAUAUACUUAUAUAUAUGCACUAUGCAUUUGUAAUAUACAUACUAAGUUAUAUACCUUUUAAUAUAUUUAUAUAUUUAAGGCAUUUAGCGUAAGGUAGGCAAAGUGGCAGCCAAAAGUGCACGAAUGGCCAACAGUUAGAAAAAAAGCACUAAGAAAAGUUAAGUUGAAUUAGGAACUAUAACAAGAUACACAUCUUAUAUGAUAAGUAAUAUCACGUGGCAACCUAGUAAUACACCUAAUUAUUAAACUGACCUGUAUUAAUAUGUAAAAUACUAUAUAUCUCUGUGCUAAUUAUAUAAAUACUAUGUCUAUACGUAUAUAUAUAUGCAUAUACUUAAUACCAUAUACCCACAUAAUUAUAUAUAUAUAUAUACAUAUGUAAAAUGACAUGCAAUCGCUACAUUUAGAGUAUUUAUGAAUUUCAAUAUGAAUUACUAAAAGAAAGAUAAGCAAUUUCCCAACAAUUCUCAAUGCAAAUAAAAAGCAACAAAAACAAAUUGCAACAAUUAAUAAAAAUAAAACAACACAUACAUAUUUAAAUGGGCAAAUGCAUUUAUUGAUAUAGCAAAAAUAAAAACAAAAACAAAAACACAUUCACCAUACAUACAACAACAUAGUCAUACAUACACGUAUAUACAUUUAGGUAAAUAAUCGCAUAAAUAAUAAAUGAAAGUACAUAUAUAAGCUUAUGUAGCAUAUAAAGAGUGCAAAAUAAACGCAUAGCAGUACUUACAUACAUAGUUGCUAUGACAGACAUGCAUACAGUGGUUAUAGCAGCCAACGAGAAAGCCUGAGAGCAAUAGCUAAUUUAAUUUAAUAUAUAAUAUUAUACAAAACUCUAUAUAUAAUGUAAAAUAAAAGCAGUUGUAAAGCAAAGAUACAGUUAAUUUAGUAAAUAAAUAAUAUUUAUGUUUAGCUCUUUUGAUGCUGUAGAUAUGUAUGUGUACAAAUAGCAACAAAAAAGACCGAUAUUUCAACAAAAAAAAUAUAAUAAAAGCAAUUCCGUUUCGCAACUGCUAGUAAAUAUUGCUGUUCAAUUAAAAUUCGUUUUGACUUUAAGUUCGUUCACUUAUUUAUGUCAACAUAUUUUGUUAAAUUUUCGCAUACAAAUGUUUACUACACUAUUAUAAUUUUUACCAAAAAAAUUUAUAAUUUUCCGCUUUUACUAGAUAGUAGUCUUUGAAAAUAUAUAAAAUAUUCCUACCGUUUAAUUAUCAGCUGUAGAACCAGAUAAUGUUAAUGAAUUGAAAAUUUUCACUCAUUUACAUACUCUGCUCGGGUUCUAUGUUAAUUCAUAAACAUUUUAAUUCAUUAACAUUCUUUAACAUUUUCAUUCAUUAACAUUCUCUGUUAGAACAACUCUACAUGCGAUAGAAAUCAGAAACACGUACGAGAACAAAAGAGUUAAGAAACGAACAUACUUUUGCCAGAGAAUGCAAAUGAAAAGAGAGGUGCAAAUGUUAGCUGUGCUAAAAUGGCCGCUUUAGCCAUAUUUUUAUUAUUCUUUGUUAAAUAAGCAUAUUGCUUACGCAACGCACACACAAAAGUUGGAAAAAUUGCAUAUUAAAUGUUUAUUUUAUUAUGAAUUCUGCAGUUUUUGCCAGUAAUCCACCUUUUUAAUUCAAAACAAAAACCUAAAUAGGUAUACGCAUCGAUUUUUCAUUCGUUGUGUCUAUAUUAUUUAAGUUAUAUUUUUCGAUGUUCCCUCAUCUGGCACUACAAAUUAGUACUCAAAAAUAUUUCAUUUAACACUUGCGCCUUCUCUAUUCAUUUACAUUCUCUGCUUUUCAGCAUAUUGUAACGACUUUUCAAAAAUUCCAUUGCAUAAAUAUUUUUAUAGCAUUUUCAGCAACUUGAAUUAAUUAUGUGAAACUUAAAUCUUACUUUCUGAAAUAUCACGCUCUUUUUUAUUAAACUUUUUUUUAUUAUUUAUACGCAAAAAGUGUCAUUUAACCGCAUUAAUUUGCUUAAAAUUAUUAAAUAAAUUAUUUUAAUUUAAAAAAAAAAUCUGUAAAAAUAUUUAGCAGUUCUGUAAAUUACUAAAACUACAAGACAUUUAAUUACCCGUUUAUAUAGCUAAAUAUACAGAUAUAGUAUAUGGUUAAUAAAUAUAUCUAAAAUCGCUAAAUAAGUGUAUACAUAUGUAAAAGCUAUGAAAUGAAAAGUAAUACUAGAAAUGGCUAAAUAUUUAGUAUUCAGAAAAGUUAAACAAUAUAUAAAACUAAUUAAUUUCAUUAAAACUAUAUUUAAAAGUUAAUAUUAAAAUUAAACUAAAUUAUUGCUGAUUAUAUUUACUAAAUAAAUAAAGAGAAAAUUAUAUUAGUGAGAAAAAACAAAUAAAUUAGCAAGAAGUAAAGCAUUCACAUAGCAAUGAAAUAAAUAUAAAAAAUAAGUAUAUAUAUAUACAUAUAUAUAAAUUAAAAAUUAUUUAAAAAAUAGUAUAUAUAUACAUAAAUAUAAAGCGCUGAUUUACUAUUACCGAAUUAUAUUAUAAUGAUAAUUACUAAAACUAAUUGAUAUCACAUUUAUUUAAUUUAAUAUUUCAUUAAAAAGGAUAGAAGAAAAACGCAAAAAUCCUGAACAAUGCAAGCAUGCAACAACAAAAUUAUUAUUAACAACAUUGUCCUUGGUAUUUACAAACAUAACCCAAUAGAAAAAAAAAACAGAAGAACAAAAAAAUAAAAGCAAACACCGCUAAAUAAAAAGAAGAAAAACAUGAAAGCGUAAGAAAAAAAGAAAGCAAAGAUAUUAUUCUUAACAAAUUAAAGAAGGAAAAAUUAAUAAAUUGUUUUUAAAAAAUAAAAAUUAACAUUUUACAACAAUUUCUUUUUCGCUCAUAGCUGAUAGCAUUGCAGCACAUAAGCACUGCGCACGAAACAUACAUACAUAUAUUUCUUGCAGUGUAGAAACCUUUGCUGUAGUUUCAAAUCAAAACACUUGUUUUCAUUAGAGCCGAGCGUUAGUUAGAGCAUUUGAACCAGUUCCGCUGCCUGAUUAGCAUUACAGGCUUUGCAGCUGAGGCGGCUAACUCAUUUGUUUACCAAUUUACUUUUUAAUGUAGCUAUGGUCAGCUACUCGGCAGCGGUGUUAGUGCGAAACUAACGCGAGCUGUGAUAACAACUAAAUUCAUUGCGAUAAUAAUCGUUUCAAAUAGCAUUGAGAUGCCACAAAACUUUACAUGCGAGUGCCUUAGUGCCCACGAUCAGCAAGUGCUGAAUGCCAUAUUCAAACCGCUGGAGCUCACUUCGAGUGUGGCGCAAGCAAUUACACCUGAAGUGCACGCCGAACUUGUGGAUGUCGAGCCGGACAGUGCGGCAGUGCAGCAAUCCAAGGCGCUGGAGGUGCGCGCCAUCAAAUUGGCGGAGGAAGGCAAGUUGUUGGAAGCUUUGCAGAACUUUGAGCAAGCGCUCAACGUGGCGCCAACACGAGCUUCUGUUUACAACAAUCGUGCACAGGCGCUGCGACUAGUCGGCAGGGAUGAGGAGGCACUCGUCGAACUGUCGCAUGCGAUUGAAUUGUGCACCGAGCAAACGCGCACGAAAUGCACCGCGCUGUGCCAGCGUGGCGUGCUCUACAGGAAGCAGAACAAUGUGGAUGCAGCGCGCAAGGAUUUUGAGGAGGCGGCGCAGUUGGGCAGCAGCUUCGCCAAAACACAGCUUGUGGAAAUCAACCCCUUUGCGGCACUUUGCAACCAAAUGCUGCGCCAGGCAUUCGAUCAAUUGAAGUAGUAUUUAUUGCUGUUGCGGAAUUUCUAAAUAAAAAUAAACUGCACAAGCGCUGCGUAGCAAAAUGAA